CGUCACGCAACCUAAAGGUAAAAAUGAUGGAAAAUUUCUUUUUCUUCUGUUUCUUGUUCUCUAACAUAGAUUAAUUCGCUUCGAACUUCAAGAAAAAGAGAUCGUUUUUAGCAUAUACAUGAAUUCUACCCAAUCCCAGGCCUCUACCAAUCCCAAACCCGUCUUGCAUGGUGUAAGAAUUAAACAAAGAAAAGGUGUUCAAAAAGCAAACGCUAAGCACGAGCCUGAGAUUUUCAGAGAUCAAUUACUCGCUCAAUUAAAGACUGUUAAAGGUGGUGAUCUUGAAGCCAUCUCUGCCAAACUUGACAUUCUUGGAAACACACUCGAAUAUCGUAAAUACGGUGAUUCACUUUUCGAAAUUCUUAUUACUGGUGGUAUUUUAGAACCUGGAGGAAUUAUUGAUGAUGAUGCUGAGCGAAGCCCUUUCUGCUUAUUUGCAGCAGAAGAUGAUGCCUCCGUGAUUAAGAAGUAUGUUGAAGUUUUCAACAAAUUAAUUCGUCGUUAUAAAUACUUGCAAAGAAUCUUUGGAGAGACUCUUCAAAACAUUUUGCAAUUUAUCAACAAGUGGCAACCCGAGGAAAACUCCAAGUUGGCUAAGUCUACCGGUUUCUUUAUCUGUAACCAACUUGUACCUUCCUCCGUAUUAAAGGUGCUCCUUCAAGAUUAUCUCGUUAAGGAUGGUCAUGCCAUUGACUUUGUUACCACUGUUUUCCGUACUGUUUUGGAUACUCAAAACAUCGAGCAAUUAGGUCGCUCUUUAGCCAGUGAAGGUUUGAACUCUCGUAUCAUCGAUUUCUUCCCUCCCAACAAGCGUGAUGAAGACUGUCUCGUUCGUCAUUUCGAAGCCGAGGACAUGAAGGAGUUGGUUGAAUACUACCGUAGAAACAAGAAGAACUCUAUGAAGGGUAGUCUCUUGAAUGAAUUGUCUGAACUCUUAUUGGGUGAUUCUACUGAUGCUGAGGUUGUCAGUUUCAUCAAGGGUAACAUGAAGGAAGCUAGUCUUACCGAAGCUGAUGUUAUUCCCAUCAUUUGGCAAUCCAUGAUCAACACUGUUGAUUUAAUGGGUGCUCGUGCUGAUCAAAUUGAAUCUCACGUGUUGCGUGCUAUUGGUCAAUGGACCAAGGUCUUAGAAUCUUUCUCCACUUCUCCCAAGACUGAAAUUGUUCUCUUGCAAAAGGUUCAAUCUACUUGUUAUGAAGAUGUCAAGUUGACCAAAUUCUUCCAUCGUAUCGUUCAAACCCUUUAUAAGAACGAUGUCCUUUCUGAUAAUGCUAUUCUUUAUUGGAACGACAAGGCUCAUCUUGCUCAAGGUAAAACUCUCUUCUUGAAGCAGUUGGAACCUUUUGUUGCUUGGUUAAGAGAUAACGAAAGCAGCGAUGAGGAUGAAGAUUAAUCUCUACUUUAUACAUAUUACUUCUCCCCCUAUCCAUCACCCCCACAACCUUUUCUAUAUAGUUUUUAUUUCUCUUCAUUUUUCCCCUUUUCUUUGUCAACUAUUUCCUCUUUUUUUCUAAAUAAAAAUAAAUAUUUUUUUUUAGCCUAAUUUUUUCUUUAGUGG